AUGGCUGCCCCCAAUGAAAGCCCGCCACAGAGGACUGCAGCUGGAGUUCAGUUCUCUAACGGGAAACUGCAGAAUUCUGAAAACAUGGAUUUUACUUUGUACAAAAACAAUGACGCUACUAAUCCCAGAAAGAAACAUCAAAGAAUCUUGACUGCGGAGACAGACAGGCUGUCUUAUGUGGGGAAAAACUUUGGCGCGGGAGUCCUGAAAUGUAACUCGCUGUGCAGGUUCUUUGUCGGGGUGCUGGACAAGGACUCCAGGCAAAUGGAAGUCUACAACGCUGAGUUAUUCAACAUGCAGCCGCUGCUGUCCGAUGAUUUAAGAGAGGAGGACCCCUCGGAUAAUCAACCCAAAUCCUACAGAGAGAAGGUGGAUUCGUGCAUCGCAGCCUUCGGCACCAGCAAGCAGAAGCGGGCCCUGAGCUCGCGAAGGAUGAACGAAGUUGGCAGCGAGACCUUAAACGUGGCCGUGACAAAAGCCGCAGCAAACAUCAUCGCGGCCAAAGGGGUCGCUGCUUUGCUCAGCGACGCGGCGCAGGACGACUUGCAGGAUGUCUCCCUCGUCCUGCCUCCCUGCCACGAAGAGGCUGACAAAGCAGAGGAUGUCUACAGGUUUGAGGACAUCCUCUCCCCGGCCGAAUACGAGGCGCUGCAGAGCCCCGCGGCCGCGCUCCUGAGCCUCUCUCCGGAGGAGCUCCUCCAGAAGGCGGAAGAGGUGAGCCACUGCUCCUUCGUCCUGGAAGCACUGAAGUUCAUGCCGCGCAAGGAGGACAGCGCGGACCACAAGGCUCGCUGCCUCUGGUUCCUGGACGCCCUCGUCAAGUUCAGUUUGCAGACCGUGAUUAAGAAGAAACACACAAUGGGCCCUGACUGUCCGCCUGUCAUCAGCAGAAAACUCAUGAACCAGUUCACUGCCCAGACGUACAACCACGGCAGGCUCCAGAAUCUGAUCUCUGCCUCCAUGCGGGCUAAGAUCACCGCCUACGUCCUGGCCCUCACCCUGCACGUGAACAACUUCCAGGCAGACCUGACUGUGCUGCAGCGGGACAUGAAACUCCACGAGAACAAGGUGCUGGGGAUCGCCAGGGCCAUGCGGCUGAAGGUCUCCAAGAGGAAGGGCCCUGCAGACCUGCUGGCCGAGGAGGAGCACAAGCUGGCCACGCUCUCGCUGCCCUUGCCGGUGUACAGGCCCCCCGGGGGCAAGCGGCGGAAGAUGAAGUGAAGCCGACGGCGCCCAUCUCCCCGCGGGGAACGCCUGCUCCGGUUCCUGGCCCCGUGCCCACGGCUGAGCCCCUGGGAACGGGGUGGGGCUGGGCUGCUGUUCCUCUGUCCCCGCCCUUUGGGAAUAAACCCGCGCCCGCCAGGGAGACAGGG